GCCAAAAAGACACACCCUAGUGUUGGCGACGGAGCUUUUCAGUUUCAGGCAGGCGCGCGAGCCCAGGGAGAGAUCGCCGUCAUGGAGACGCUGGCCAGCGCCAUGCGGCGCGAGAACCGCCGCUUCAAGCCCGCGUCCUCGUCCUCCUCCGCCGCCGCCGGCAGGGUGCCCCUGGUCAUGGGCUUCCUCUCCUGCCUCGCCUGGGUCUACGUCGCCGGCCGGCUAUGGCAGGACGCGCAGACCCGGACGGUCCUCUCCAGCCUCCUCGAGAAGAGCUCCGGCAAUCUCCCCAAGGCGCUCUCGGUGGACGACAAGCUGAGGAGCCUCGGAUGCACUGAGAUCGGGAGGAAGAUCGCCGAGGCGGAGAUGGACCUUACCAAGGCGAAGAGCGAGGGCUACUUGUGGGGGAAUGGGACUGGUGGUACUGCAGGCUCCGACAAGAAGAAGCUCCUCGCCGUCAUUGGAGUUUAUACUGGUUUUGGUUCCCGGCUCAGGAGGAACACCUUCCGUGGCUCGUGGAUGCCCAGAGGUGAUGAUUUGAAGAAGCUUGAGGAAAAGGGUGUGGUUAUUCGUUUUGUUAUUGGUCGGAGUCCAAAUCGUGGUGAUAGCUUGGACCGUAAUAUCAAUGACGAAAGUAGAAAGACAAAUGAUUUCUUGAUCCUGGAAAGUCAUGAGGAAGCUGCAGAGGAGUUACCUAGCAAAGUUAAAUUCUUUUUCAGUGCGGCAAUAGAAGCUUGGGACGCAGAGUUCUAUGUCAAAGUUGAUGAUAACAUUAAUCUUGACUUGGCUGGGCUAAUUGAGAUGCUUGAAGGACGUCGAGGUAGCCAAGGUUUGUACAUGGGCUGCAUGAAGUCCGGAGCUGUCGUGAGUGAAGAGGACCAACAAUGGUAUGAACCUGAGUGGUGGAAAUUUGGAGAUUCAAAGAUGUAUUUUCGCCAUGCUUCUGGUUCUUUAUUUAUCCUCUCAAACAAUUUGGCUCGCUACAUCAACAUAAACAGUGCGUCGCUGCAAAGCUAUGCCCAUGAUGACAUAUCAGUUGGUUCAUGGAUGAUGGGCCUUAAUGCAACUUAUGUUGAUGAUGACCGUAUGUGUUGCCUCAGUUCAACACAAGAAAAAGUCUGUUCCAGUGCAUGAGCUAAGCACAAGGGAUCGGUGCCACUUCUGACCGUGCUGUCCUAAUGAAGAGGUGUUUUUGUACAUUUUCCAUUUUUAUACACACCUAGUAGCCUUUGUGAAUGAAUGAAAAAUUAUAUACGAGGAAUACAAUGAGGUCAUACAUUGUCUUGUGGCUAGGUCGCGUAGCCAAGAUGUUGAUCCAGGGUGGUGGUCCAGUUGACCAAAAAACCAUUCUUGUCACAAAUAUGACAUGCUAAUAUACUCCGCCUAGCGUGCCAUAUCACUGAGCUUUCCGCUUGCUAGGGUUUUGAAUUGUGGACGA